AUGCUGCCCACUCCCUCGACCUCCCACGUCUGCUUCGACCGCGUGUACGAACCGGCUGAAGACUCGUACCUGCUGCUCGAUACACUGUCGUCCGUAUCAGAAACUGCAUAUUUGCACGAUCGAUUCGGUCAUGACUCUUCAACCCCGCCACUGGUGCUCGAAGUGGGCGUAGGAUCGGGCGUCGUCCUAGCUUUUGUUGCUGCAAAUGCGCGAACUAUAUUCGGCCGACAUGAUGCGCUGACGCUUGGGGUUGAUAUCAACAGCUUUGCCUGCAAAGCUGCUGCCCAGACUGUUCGCAAUGCAAUUCAAGAACAAGAAAAUGGGCGCUCCGUCUUCAUGGAUGUUGUAAACGGCGAUUUGGCGAGCGCUAUCCGGCCAAAGUCUAUCGACGUCUUCAUCUUCAACCCGCCAUAUGUCCCAGCUGAGCUGCCCGAUCUGGCAAGCCAUGAGAAGUACAACGUACUACCAGAGGGAAAAAAUGCUACCUCAUUCGAGCAAGACUCGUACUUGUUGGAGCUUUCGUACGCUGGAGGUGAAGAUGGCAUGGUGGUCACGAAUAGGAUGUUGGAACAGAUUCCAGAGAUCCUGAGCACCGAUAGAGGGGUUGCAUACGUACUGUUAUGCGCGCAGAAUAAGCCCGAGGUAGUCAAGCAGAGAAUAAGAGAUUGGGGUUCUGGUUGGAUGGCAGAGACUGUAGGGUCGAGUGGCAAGAAGGCGGGCUGGGAGAAGCUGGUGAUUGUGAGGAUAUGGCGCAUUAAGGAUUGA